UUUCAAAUAACUCCAGAACCAGAAAUCCAUCAAAGUGAGGUUCGGGAGAAGAAGGAAAAAAGAAAAAAAAACCCUGCAAAGUUACUUUAUUUAUGAUAUAACUCUCCAAAUUGUUAUUGCAGCAUUUGUAGUGUGGUGACUUGUGUAGGAGUACCAUCUUGCAUCCAUACAAUGUGAUUAACUACGUUUCGCUGCUACAGUUCUAGAAUUAUGUAAUUCUGUAACGUUGUGUUUAUUGUGUAACAUUCUGUGCACUUAUGAUGGAGCACGUUUACAUACCUGUUGAAGUAAUGUUUUUGAAGAAGUACGGAUCGAGAACAAAUGUGUUUGCGAUGGCGUACCACAUAGUCACUUUAUUUUCAUAUAUUGGCUCUGAUGCCGUAUUAUGAGCACUUUAGUCAGCAUAAUGAUCGCAGUUUGUGGAGUUUACAUCCCCAAUGAAGAAGAAAUAUUCCGCAUAUCUCUGUAAUAUCUGCAGUGGCCACCUAUUAUCUUCAUCAUAUCUAAUGAGUAAAGAAUAUUCGCAAAGUCGAUUUGCUGAUGUUCGUGCCCAAGUUGUGAUAUCUGGACGCGUUGGAAUCGAUUCUGAAACAUCCACAGAACAAGGCAUAGGAGGUUGAAGACUGCCAUUUUCGAUACAUCCAAAUUACGGGCAACAUUGCUAACUGUGUUUAAUGGACCUAUUCUAAUCUCAUCGCUUUCGCAACAAUUUCUGCGGGAAUAGAUGAUCUACCUGAUCGCUGACUGCCAGAUGUGCAUUCUAUCAAUUACGUUACACCAUUUUUACGAAACACGGGCUCCGUCUUAACUUAUGAUUUCGUCGAUUAAUUCACACUUCUUUGAGGGCAUUUUUCCCGUUCAAAUAAUAAAGCUUUAUCAAUUCACCUCGCUGUUUUCCUGCAAGUACCAUCGUGUUGGCAUGUUCAUUCACAUCAUUGAAGAAGCAGUCUAUUCAUUCUCCUUAUUAAAGAUUUUUCUCGUGUCGUAUUUUACGGUGUUUUGUAAUUGGUACUUAGAUUGUUCGUUUCGAUGAAUUAUGCAUCUUGCACCAAUACACUUAUUCUCGUUGUUAUCAUUGGUUCUUGACUUACACCACCAGUUUUCGCCAUAUGUGUACUGUUCCAACACCAUUUAUGGGCCUUUUUUUUAAAUGCAAUGAUCAGUUUGCACAGAGUAAAAAUCAGUGUUGCCAUUCGAAAUUUUUUCACGGUAACAGAAAACUAUAGAAUUAUAGAACUAUAUUAUUUUAAAUCCUCACAGUCUUUUACAGAAAGUCUGGUGAUGCAUACCAAUCAAGUAAUGUAACUACAAAACAUAAAGAAUUAAAUUAAUAAAAAAUUGGUAUGCAGAUUUAUCAUCUAAAAUGUAGAUUCGUAUCAAAUUUUAAACCAUAUCUGUCCUAGGGUUGAUUUCUGUAGGCACUCAUUUGCAGAACUCUGAGGGUAAGAAUCUGAGUACAUUUGGCUUUUAAUUCCUUGCCCGCGGUCCCCAGUUUUUCUGAAAGGGCAUAAAAUCUUUAUUGAGAUUUUCCAAAAGUUUCGGAAAAACCGCAACUACUGGUUUUUAUUAUGAAGUUAAAACGUAACAUAUUUUUACGAAUUGUUACUCAGUGCAGCAAAUCUCCUACUAAGGAAGUUAAUUUUACAGAUAUCUCUAAUAGAUGCUGAGUCAUUGAACUCUUGCCUUGGUGACAAAAUCAAAAGUUUGGCAACUGCUGGAGUUUUGGCAAUAUAUCGAUUAGAAGCGAAGAUACGGUAAUCGUCUAGAACAUUCGUUGCUCUCUCACGUAACUGUAAAAAGCCGGGAGACAAAAUUGAAAUCAGUCAGUGUAAGCAGUAGAUGACUCCAGAGACGUGAUUAUUCGAACGAAACCUACGAGUUCUCACUGAGCACUUUGUUCUCUUACGAUUGUUUAUUUCCGAAUUGCUAUUAUUUUUGCAUACAGUCUUGUUAUUUUAUUACCUAUGUUUUCUGUGUUAACUUUUUUCUUUACAAAUUGAAUUAAAUUUUUCUUUACAAUACCUAUGAAUGGAUUUUGGAGAUUUUCCAUAAUAAUAUUUUGUUGGAAUAUGAGAAAAGAUGGUGAAGUAUUCAAAUGAUAUGAAUGGGAAUUGCGCGAAAGGUGCCGACUUAGCUUCAAAAUUUUCUCCUCUUAAUUCCUUUUAGUUUCAGCAUUCUUAUUUUAGUCAGUAUGCAGUCGGAAACGUAUAUCUUUUUUUUAAUUAGUUAUUUUUAUAAAGCACUAAAAAAUAAUGUACCUCGUUAAAAGUAUUCAAAGAAUCGUAUGAUUAAAUAUAAUGAAUGUUAAAAAUAGUGCUUCAAACAGUUCGAUAACGAUUAUCCCAAGAUAAUUUUUGCUGAUUAUUAAAUAAAAGCUUUCUGCUGAAUUUCACCAAAAUGAUGCAUCAACAAAAUUUAAGCUUUAAAAGAUAUAAUUUUAAGUGUAUGAGAAAUUUGAUUUUACAUUCUUGUAAAUCGCUUGUCCAAGAGCAACCUAGAACAAUUAGUUGUGGUGGUGAUAUAAUUCCAAAAUCAGCAUCAGUUAAUCAAACAUUAAUAGGGAAUGGAGGAUUCAUUGAAGAUAAAACACACAAAAAAGCAGCAAGAAAAAAAAAAAAAGACAUAUUUUCGAAGGUUUCUGUGUUUAAUCGAGUCGAGAAUGAUUGAGAAUUCAAAGCUGAUUUCUGAAGAUGACAUUUUACAAAUGGAGAAGAACUAUAUGCUCAGCGUAUGCAAAUAAAAGGAAUGUGCUAUUUCAAAAUAAACUCUAUUUUGACUUCAACUUCGUUCUAGAUUGAGAGAAAAGGCAUUAGAAAAUGGGAAUAGUGAUUAGUGAUGUGCCUGCUGAAACAUUUAAUGCUGAUAUAAAAAUCGAAGAUAACAAUCGAUUAGACGAGAAACGUUUUAACUGUGAAAUUUGUGGCAUGGCAUUUGCUCUGAAGUGUAAUUUCAAGCGACAUAUCCGUUUUCACACAAAAUCAAAGAAGAAACCUUAUUCUUGUGAUAUUUGCUGUAAAAUAUUUUCUUCAGAAUGCCAAUUAAAUGAACAUUCUUGCGUUAAUACAGAUGAAAAACCUUAUUGUUGUGAUAUAUGCCAUAAAAAGUUUUCUCAGAAAAAAUGUCUAAUUGUACAUUGUCGAACUCAUACAAGUGAAAAACCUUAUGCUUGUGAUAUAUGCGGUACAGCAUUUUAUCAGGCAGGUCAUUUAAAGGAGCAUUUGCGUAUUCAUACAAACGAAAAACCUUAUUCUUGUGAUAUAUGCGGUAAAGCAUUCUCUAAGAAAGGUAAUUUAAAUUAUCAUUUACGUAUUCACAAAGAUGAGAAACCCUACCAUUGUGCAGUAUGCAAUAAAGCGUUUUCUCUCAAUGCUACUUUGAAGAAACAUUAUCGUUCUCAUACAAAUGAAAAACCGUAUUCUUGUGAUCUGUGCAAUCAAGAAUUUUUACAGAAAAGCAGUUUAAAUCGUCAUUAUCGUACUCAUACAAGUGAAAAACCUUAUUCUUGUGAUAUAUGCAAUAAAAAAUAUUCACAGAAAAGUCAUUUAAAUUCACAUUUGCUGGUUCACACAAACGAAAAACCUUAUUCAUGUGAUAUUUGCAGCAAAGCAUUCUCUAAUAAAAGUAAUUUAAAUCAUCAUUUACGUAUUCAUAUAGAUGAGACACCCUACGCUUGCAUGAUAUGCAAAGAAAUAUUUUCUGACAAAGCUUCUUUAAAGGAACAUCAUCGUUCUCAUACAAACGGAAAACCUUAUUCUUGUGAUCUGUGCACUCAAGGAUUUUUCCUGAAAAGUAGUUUAAAGCGGCAUUAUUAUAUUCAUAUGAGUGAAAAGCCUUAUUCUUGUGAUAUUUGCAAUAAAAAAUUUACUCAAAAAGGUCAUUUCAACUUACAUUUGCGUACACACACAAAUGAAAAACCUUAUUCGUGUGAUGUAUGCGGUAAAGGGUUUUUCCAGAAAUGCAUUUUAAAAAGACAUUAUUAUAUUCAUGCGAGUGAAAAACCGUAUUCUUGUCAUAUAUGCAAUAAGAAAUGUACUCAGAAAGGUCACUUAAAUCUACAUUUGCGUACACACACAAAUGAAAAACCUUAUUCUUGUGAUAUAUGCAAUAAAAAUUUUUCUCUGAAGUUUAAUUUGAAUAAACAUUUGCGCACUCAUACAAAAGAAAAACAACCUUCUCAUACAGUUGAUUUAAAUAAUGGUAUUGUGCUCAUAUAAAUGAAAAACAUCACUCUUGUGAUGUAUGCAGCAUAAAAAUAUUCUCAGAAGCAAUUUUUAAGUUAACUUACAUUUCUGAUUGAAAGAAAAGUAAACCUUAUUCUUAAAGAUAUUUGUGAUGAAAUAAAUAAUUUAAAAUCUCAAAAGAUCAUUUUUAAUUUUGUAUUAUCAUCUUAUCUAUGGAAAGAAAUAAAGUAAAAAUCAUUUUGUCUAUAAUUAUAUAAAACCUUUCUUGAAGAAAGUAAAGCCUUGAAAGGAUUGUUUUGCAAUUUAUUUGGCUAUGCAUUGUCUCAAACAGAUUAUUUGUGUGUAAAAUAAUUUUGUAUCUAAUAUAUUAUUGUAAUUAUUUGUAUAUGCUUAUCCUUAUUAUGUGCAUUAUGCCAUUCUGUGUCAAAAAUAAUCAUAAUCGACGUUCUCUUAUUCAUCAAAAUGUAGUAUCUUGUCUUUGUGAUAUAUGUAAUAAAUAAUUUCUCCUUGAAGCUGUGUUUGCACGUUGAUCUCCUCUCGGGCGCCAUUCAAGACGAUGCAUUAUUUUGGCGUUCCUUAAUUUUUGUAUAUAAUAAUAAUUUUUUAAAAAAAUCUACAGAAUAGUAAAAAAUUGUAGGUUAAUUUUUCGUUUAAAAAAUUAAUUGCAGUAUAAUAUUUUUUUUUUUUUCGUUUAAAAAUCUAAUUCCAUUAUUAUAUUUUUUUACUUAAAAGAAGAGGAUCAUUUGCCCUCAUGUUCAGUGAAAUAUAAUGUAUCCUUUUUAUUACAAAUUACAGUAUCUAAGAAGUCGACGGCGCUGUCUGUAUUCAUUUUCAUUGUAUUUAUUAUGUACUCUUUCUUAUACAUUGUUCUCUUCUGUAAAUACCUCGUGCAAUAAAG